AUGGAUGGCAUUGGCCGAGGUCCCUGGAGCAAUCCGCUGGCAUAUAUGGCAUCGGUUGGAAUCAAUGAGAGACUCUGGGCGCGAACCCACGCUGUCCCACGAACCAACCCUUAUUACCCUACCGACCAGGCUCAAUCUCCUGAAAGCUAUGUCUCGCUAUUAGACCGUUAUCUCCAAUUGAUACCUUACAUGGCCCCGGCUCCCGCCCCAACGACGCUUUCACACCCGGAUCUACACCAAGACAAUAUUUUCGUUGAUCCAGACACGGAGGAGAUAACAUGUAUUAUUGACUGGCAAUCAGCUUCAGUAUCCGAGCCCUACUUUCAACGUAGCUACCCUCAGAUACUUACUCCAGUCGAGUCUACUGCCAAAGAUAACGACGAUGAUGGAAAAGAUGGCACAGAAUCGGACCCAGACGUGGACAACUUUUUAAAACGACUUCCUAGACUCACCAACCAUUACCAGACCCUUACAAAACAGAGAAAUCCACAGCGGUGGGCCCUAAUGCACGAUCAAAAUCGCUAUUUUCUCACGAAGGUCGUGUCUUCCAUUCCCGGAUCCUGGACACGGGACAACGGCUUCGGUCUGUGCCAUGACUUGGUCACCGCAACCAUAGAUUGGGAGGAGGUUGCCCCGACUGGAAUGCCUUGUCCACUCUAUUUCACGGAUGAGGAACUGACGUGCCACAACCGUGACUUAAAGGUCGUGGCAGAUCUCGCGCAAGUUUUGGAGCAAUUGGAGCAGGGUGGCAUCAUCCCCGAUGGUGGGAAGGUGCGCGCGGAUGAUUAUGAGCGUGCUCUAGAUGCUAGUCGGUCAGUAAAGGAGUGGUUUGUGACUAGGGUGGAGUCUGAGAGGGAACGAGAUUUCAACUCGAAAGUCUGGCCUUAUCGAACUUGA